ACCGCAACAAAUUCCGACCUGCAUCGUGGCAGGUGAUUAACAGGAGUUACAGGACGCGCGGGAGAGCUUUCGCUCUUCUCCUGCAAGAAAUGAGCUGAAAGUUGCAAAUUAAAGGAGUCAUAUAGAGGCAGAAGUUGCAUGAAAUCUGAACGGGGAGGACGGCGGGGAUUUGGCAGGCCCACGCGGGAUUAGGCCGAAGGCAGUAUCUCUCCCUGCUUCGCCUUUUCUCUUUUAUUACUUCUCCAUUUCCUACUAUUCUUUAUAUAUUAGUUUUCCUCUCUUCCUUUUAUCUUUACACGCGCAAUGAGAGGUGAGGCCUCCUCGCAAGUCACAACCUACUUCGUCCCCACAAGUCACUUCCACUCAAGAAUCUCAUAACUACAUUUGUUCGCUUCUUCUUGACUCGCGUUUUUCAAAAGCACCAUAUAUAGAGCACUCAUUUCCCAGAAACUUCUCUCUCUCUCUCUCUCUCUCUCUCUCUCUUGGUGACUAGUAUUUAGUUAAUUAGACUCCAUCGCAACAAAGCAUCAGAGGAAGCACUCAGAGAAGAGAAAUUGCUAGCAACGAUGGCGGACGUAGUGAGCUCGAGCCUCCUAAGGCUGGUGUUUGACAAGCUGGGAGCCCAGGUCACGAAGGAGUUCGGGCUAGUGAUGGGCGUCGAGAAAGAGCUGAACGAGCUGGAGACGACCCUCGCCGCCAUCCGCGACGUGCUCGCGGACGCGGAGGCGCGGCAGGCGCAGGAGCGAGCUCUCGCCGGGUGGCUGAGGAGGCUCAAGGACGCCGCAUUCGACGCCGACGACGUGCUCGACGAGGUCGCCGCCGCCGAAGCACUCAGAAGGACUUCCCGGCGCCGGAACGGAAGCGGCACGAAGGCGGUGCUCGGUUGUUGGUGCCACUACAGCUUAUGCUGCUUGGUCUCGUUUACAAACCACUUAUGCUUCUGGUUCUAGAGCGCAAGUUCGUACUCUCAAAAGUGCUCUUCAUGCCUUAUCUCGGGACAACGGCUCCAUUGCCACCUAUAUGGAUCGUGCCAAGCGAUUAUUUGAUCAACUCAUUGCUCUUGAUGCUGCCAUCUCAGAAGAUGAUCUCAUUGAUCAUAUCUUACGCGGUCUCGGACAAGAUUACAGACCUUUCACCCGCAACAUUGAGGCAAGGUUAACUUCUAUUUCAUUUGAUGAUUUAUUUGGCUUACUCCUCUCUGAAGAAAUGCAGCUUAAGAGCUCAAUUCCCUCCCUCAACGCAUCUGCUGUUGCUCACUAUAAUGCUCGCCAAAACACUAAUAGUGGCGGGCGAGGCAGAGGACGUGGAUACAAACGUGGAGGAUAUUAUUCCAACUCUGGUCGUGGGCGUACCUCUCAAGCAAACACUUAAUCAUUCACACCCAUUUGUUAUAAUUGUCGGGGUCAAGGACACACCUACAAACAAUGUCCAAAUCCUAAAUACAACAACAAUAAUGAUUACACACCAAAACCAGCAGCCAACUUCACUUCAUCUCCCACCACAUCAACCAAACCAUGGAUCGUUGAUACUGGAGCAACCCAUCACUUGACUUCUGAACUAGAAAACCUGGGCAUUCACUCCAAAUAUUCUGGAACCGAUGAAAUUACUCUCACAAAUGGUAAAAGCUUACCUAUUACUCAUAUUGGUUCUAAUAAUUUAUCUCUCAAUUCUCGUCCUUUUUCAUUACACAAUAUCCUUCAUGUUCCUAAAUCUAACGCAAACUUACUAUCUGUUCGUCAGUUUACAGCUUCUAAUGAUGUCUCACUUGAAUUUUUUCCUACUUUUUUUGUGAUUAAGGACUGCAAAACGAAGCAGCCACUCCACCAGGGAUACAUUAAAGAUGGCCUCUAUCAGUUAGCUGCGGAUCCUGUUUCUCCAGUUUGCAAUUCAGUUUCUUUGUCUACUUGGCAUGCUAGAUUAGGCCAUGCUUGUUCAAAAACUAUCAAUAAAGUUUUAUCUUUAAAUAAAUUGUCUGCUUCAGCUAAGACUACGUCCUCCUUAUGUGAAACCUGUUGUGUCAGCAAAUCACAUAAACUUCCUUUUCAUGAUUCUAAUUAUAAUGCUACAGACCCAUUAGAACUUAUUUGUUCUGAUUUAUGGGGUCCAGCCCCAAUUCCUUCUUC